AGGUCGCCAGGACCCCUAGACCAAAAAGCCGAGGGGGAGGAGCGGCGCGGCUGUGCACGAGGGCAGCCAAGUUUGGCUCCGGCGCGUGCGGCUUUGCGUCCUGCCUCUGGGGAGGAGGGGGACUGUCCCCUCUCGAGCUGGGCUCGGACCCUGGCCCUCGGAGCUGCUGCAGACCUCGAGAGGUGACUUCGUCACUCGGGCUCUUGAACCCCGUGCGUCCGGGACGCACCAGACCCGGGCAGGGAGCUGCGCCAUGCAGGAGGGCGACAUCGGCCUGGAGGGGCUGUCCCCCAAGGAAGCCCCCGCAGCCCAGGCCGCCGGCGCCGUGGAUGGGGAGGGCGCGCCGCCCGGCGGUCCCCGCGCACAGGCGGCCACGAUGAGGGUCAACGAGAAGUACUCGACGCUCCCGGCCGAGGACCGCAGCGUCCACAUCGUCAACAUCUGCGCCAUCGAGGACAUCGGCUACCUGCCGUCCGAGGGCACGCUGCUGAACUCCCUGUCCGUGGACCCGGAUGCCGAGUGCAAGUAUGGCCUGUACUUCAGGGACGGCAAGCGCAAGGUGGAUUACAUCCUGGUGUACCAUCACAAGAGGGCCUCGGGCAGCAGGACGCUGGCCAGGAGGGUCCAGCACAGCGAUGCCGCCCCAGGGGCACGCAGCGUCAAGCAGGACCACCCCCUGCCUGGGAAGGGCAGGCCGUCGGAAGCAGAGCCCCCGAUGGACUACCACGAGGAUGACAAGCAGUUCCGCAGGGACGAGUACGAGGGCAACCUCCUGGAGGCCGGCCUGGAGCUGGAGCGGGACGAGGACACUAAAAUCCACGGCCUUGGGUUUGUGAAAAUCCACGCCCCCUGGAACGUGCUGUGCAGAGAGGCCGAGUUUCUGAAGCUGAAGAUGCCCACCAAGAAGAUGUAUCGCAUCAAUGAGACCCGUGGCCUCCUGAAAAAAAUCAACUCCGUGCUCCAGAAGAUCACGGACCCCAUCCAGCCCAGGGUGGCGGAGCACAGGCCCCAGACCAUGAAGAGACUCUCCUAUCCCUUCUCCCGGGAGAAGCAGCACCUAUUUGACCUGUCGGAUAAGGAUUCCUUUUUCGACAGCAAGACCCGGAGCACAAUAGUCUACGAAAUUUUGAAGAGAACGACAUGUACCAAAGCCAAGUACAGCAUGGGCAUCACGAGCCUGCUGGCCAAUGGCGUGUACUCUGCUGCAUACCCGCUGCACGACGGGGACUAUGAAGGUGAAAACGUGGAGUUCAAUGACAGGAAGCUCCUGUACGAAGAGUGGGCGCGGUACGGCGUCUUCUAUAAGUACCAGCCCAUCGACCUGAUCAGGAAGUACUUCGGGGAGAAGAUCGGCCUGUACUUCGCCUGGCUGGGCGUGUACACCCAAAUGCUCAUCCCGGCCUCUGUCGUGGGAAUCAUCGUGUUCCUGUACGGAUGCGCCACCGUGGAUGAAAACAUCCCCAGCAUGGAGAUGUGUGACCAGAGACACAACAUCACCAUGUGCCCCCUUUGCGACAAGACCUGCAGCUACUGGAAGAUGAGCUCAGCCUGCGCCACGGCCCGGGCCAGCCACCUCUUCGACAACCCGGCCACCGUCUUCUUCUCCGUCUUCAUGGCCCUGUGGGCUGCCACCUUCAUGGAGCACUGGAAGCGGAAACAGAUGCGGCUCAAUUACCUGUGGGACCUCACAGGCUUCGAGGAGGAGGAGGAGGCUGUCAAGGAUCAUCCCAGAGCCGAAUACGAAGCCAGAGUCCUGGAAAAGUCUCUGAGGAAAGAGUCCAGAAACAAAGAGAAGCGCCGGCACAUUCCAGAGGAGUCGACAAACAAAUGGAAGCAGAGGGUUAAGACAGCCAUGGCGGGGGUGAAAUUGACAGACAAGGUGAAGCUGACCUGGAGAGACCGGUUCCCCGCCUACUUCACCAACUUGGUGUCCAUUGUCUUCAUGAUCGCAGUGACGUUUGCCAUCGUCCUUGGCGUCAUCAUCUACAGAAUCUCCACAGCCGCCGCCUUAGCCAUGAACUCCUCCCCCUCCGUGCGGUCCAACAUACGGGUCACGGUCACGGCCACCGCGGUCGUCAUCAACCUAGUGGUCAUCAUCCUCCUGGACGAGGUCUACGGCUGUAUAGCCAGGUGGCUCACCAAGAUCGAGGUCCCAAAGACGGAGAAGAGCUUCGAGGAGAGGCUGAUCUUCAAGGCUUUUCUGCUGAAGUUCGUGAAUUCCUACACUCCCAUCUUUUACGUGGCUUUCUUCAAAGGCCGGUUUGUGGGACGCCCAGGCGACUACGUGUACAUUUUCCGCUCUUUCCGCAUGGAGGAGUGCGCGCCGGGGGGCUGCCUGAUGGAGCUGUGCAUCCAGCUGAGCAUCAUCAUGCUGGGGAAGCAGCUGAUCCAGAACAACCUGUUCGAGAUCGGCAUCCCGAAAAUGAAGAAGCUGAUCCGCCACCUGAAGCUGAAGCGGCAGAGGCCCCCCGAGCACGAGGAGCACGUGAAGAGGAAGCAGCGCUACGAGGUGGACUACAACCUGGAGCCCUUCGCCGGCCUCACGCCCGAGUACAUGGAAAUGAUCAUCCAGUUUGGCUUUGUCACCUUGUUCGUCGCGUCCUUCCCGCUGGCGCCGCUGUUCGCACUGCUGAACAACAUCAUCGAGAUCCGCCUGGACGCCAAAAAGUUCGUCACCGAGCUCCGAAGGCCGGUGGCCGUCAGAGCCAAAGACAUCGGCAUCUGGUACAACAUUCUCAGAGGCGUUGGGAAGCUGGCAGUCAUCAUCAACGCCUUCGUGAUCUCCUUCACGUCCGACUUCAUCCCGCGCCUGGUGUACCUCUACAUGUACAGCCAGAAUGGGACCAUGCACGGCUUUGUCAACCACACCCUGUCCUCCUUCAACGUCAGCGACUUCCAGAAUGGCACAGCCCCCAAUGACCCCCUGGACCUGGGCUACGAGGUGCAGAUCUGCAGGUACAAAGAUUACCGAGAGCCCCCGUGGUCGGAACACAAGUACGACAUCUCCAAGGACUUCUGGGCCGUCCUGGCAGCCCGGCUGGCGUUUGUCAUCGUCUUCCAGAACCUGGUCAUGUUCAUGAGCGACUUUGUGGACUGGGUCAUCCCGGACAUCCCCAAGGACAUCAGCCAGCAGAUCCACAAGGAGAAGGUGCUCAUGGUGGAGCUGUUCAUGCGGGAGGAGCAGGGCAAGCUGCAGCUGCUGGACACCUGGAUGGAGAGGGAGCGCAAGAAGGACGAGCCGUGCAACAACCACAACGCCAGAGCCUGCCCGGACAGCCUCGGCAGUGGCCCGGCCCCCGACCACGCAUACCACGGUGGCGUCCUGUAGCCGGGCAUCCGACCAGCAGGCACCCGUUCCCCGGGCAGGCGGCUUCUGGCCCCCAUCAGGGCCCAGUGGCUCCUAUGUUUUCUGCAAACACGGAGGACCCCUUUCUGAUAGGACAUUUUUCUUUCUCCUUUAUGUUUUUUUGUUCCCCUUUGUUUUUGCACAAAACCGUUAUGCAGGGAACUUUUUUUGUAUCUUUAGUAUUCAAGGUGAAUCAAAAUGAUGGCUGGUGAUUGGGCAGUAAUUACACGUAGCAAAGGCAGGCGCUUUGCAGAAACAAUUCUUCGAAACCUUGAGUUUCUUUGCAGUGGAAGGUGGAAAUCUUCCUUUUUAAUCCUUCUGUUGCCUUAAGGGAAAUGCAAAAUGGUAUUCCAGGGCAUUGGGCAAAAGCGAGGCGAUGUUUCAGGGAGGACCGAGAAACUGAGAAGGAAUAACAGUGUUGACCUCGGUUCCCAAAGGGGUCACCUGCCUCUACUGAUGACUUUUAAUCAUCUUUGCCUUUGGUAACUUCAGAAGCUGAGACACCCAGGUCAGAGAGAGAAGUUCCCCGUCCCUGUCCGCACGGGGUGUGUGGGAGUGUCCAGUUUAUGCUUAGAGUACUAGACAGGUGCGGGCGUCCCUGAUUAAGCAGGUGACAGCACCCUUGGCAUGCAUCCCCUGCCCAUCACGCCAAGCUGACCUCAGAGUUGUUCAUCUUCCUUGUGGGACAAAACCAGGUUGAUGGGAAAAUGGGCAGGGAGAGGUAACCUCGGAAGCAUUUCUAAAGAUGGCUUAAGGCUUUCAAGAUGUCUUAAGGCUUCCGUGUGUGUGGGGGGGGUCCUUUGAAGCUUUAGAAUAUUUAUUGGUAUUUUUUUAAAUCAGUUAUUUGGUAGAUUUGAGGAUUUUUUUCUGUAGCUCAAAGGUGGAAGGAGCUUAUUUUAUUAGAUAACCAAAUAUCAUUGAGAGGAAUUUAAAAUACUGUUACUACCAAAGAUUUUUAUUAAUAAAGGCUUCUAUUUUGAUAACACUUCUCUAUAUUUUUACUCACAGAAAUGUCACUGUUGGACAAUUAUCAUUUAAAAAGCUUGUAAAAACAAGUCUCAUACGUGCUAUGAGCAAUCUAAAUUUGCAGCAAUUACACUAACCAAUUAUCUGAAAUUUCUCAAGCACCAAGAGAAACAUAAAAAGAAAUGUUUCAUCGAAGGCGGGAAGAACAACCAUGAAUAUAUUUGUUCUGAACGUAUCUUGGUGUGACGUUGACAUUCCCGUCACGCGCUGCCUGUGAUCCAAGGCUGUGGGUGUCAUGGGUUUUCGUUACCGGCUGAAAUCAUGCAGUCUGAUGCUUCUGUUUUCUCUUGUACAGUAAGUAGUUUGAAAUGGGGUUUUUGUAUAUAAAUAUUGUAUUAAAAUUAGGUGAUUACCAAAAAUCCUUUUAUGGAAACCAUUUUUUUAAAAGUGAAUGUACACAGAGGACUGUGGCUGAACAUUCAUUUAAAUAAAUUUGAAU